AUGCCUAAUGUAACCAUCAUAACAGAUUUCCACCUUCUGGGGUUUUCGGAGCAGAAAGAGCUUCAGAUUUUGCAUGUUCUAGUUUUCACAGCAAUGUACCUGGCUAUUCUCAUGGGGAAUUUUCUCAUCAUCAUUCUGGUAGCUCUUAACACCCACCUCCAGACCCCAAUGUAUUUCUUCCUUGUCAACCUAUCAAUAGUUGACCUUGGCUCCACCUCCGUCACCAUUCCCAGAUCAAUAGCCAAUGCCCUCAUGAACACAACAUGGAUUUCAUAUUCUGAAUGUGUUGCACAAAUGCUUUUUUUCCUCUUCUUCAUGUCAUCAGACAUUUUCCUUCUCACUGCCAUGGCCUAUGACAGAUAUGUUGCCAUCUGCCACCCACUGCACUAUACAUCUAUGAUGAAGUGGAGAAGCUGCAUCCAAAUGGCAGGUGGAGCCUGGAUGGCAGGUUUGGUCAAUGCUGCUCUGCAUACUGGUACAAUUUUUUCACUGCCCUUCUGCUCCAAUGUCAUCAAUCAGUUCUUCUGUGAAAUCCCACACCUUCUCAAGAUCUCCUGUGCUGACCCAUACUUCAGUGAAAUUUGGGUUCUCCUCUUUAGUAUAAUACUAGGUCUUCUCUGUUUUAUGCUAAUUGUUAUGUCCUAUGUGCAGAUCUUUACCACAGUGUUCAGAAUUCCCUCCAUGGCUAAUAGGCAAAAGGCCUUCUCUACUUGCAUUCCCCACCUUAUUGUUGUCUCCCUGUUACUUGGUACUGGUAUCUUUUCCUAUGUCAUACCAACGUCCAGCUCUUCCUAUCAUUUAGAUGAGGUACUUGCUGUGAUAUACUCAGUGUUGCCUCCAAUGAUGAACCCAAUCAUCUACAGCAUGAGGAAUAAGGACAUCAAAGCUGCCUUAUGGAAGCUGUUUUACUGGAAGCAUCCAAUAAAAAAUACAAAUCUAUAG